GCGUCUGAGAAGCAGAUUGUUGACCCUGCUCUGAUUCACAUGGAUUUCCUUCACGAGGAGGAUGUUGAGGCACUGACCAAGAACGGGAUUGAAUCCGGUGACUCCACCAAAGCCCAAUCAACGAAGAGAAAGUCUGCUGAGGUCCAGGACGACAACGGAGCCAAAAGAGCGAGGGACAUACAUGUGGAUGAGACCGCGAGCCGCGGUGAGGAGCAAGGCCCCGAGGGACUGCCGGCCUCCGCAGUAACGACAGCACUGCCCGCCCCGAUCCAGCGGAGACCGUGGAGCUGCGGGACGGGAAGGUGCCGCCGCUCCCAGGGUCUGCCAGCUGCCGCAAGAACGGGCUUCUUCCCGAGGGCGGCGAGGAGGCCAAAAGUGCGAAGGCUCUGGCUCCCCAGAAGCCGAAGCCUUUGUUUGGGUUUAACGCCAGCUGGAACAGCUUUAACCUGGCUUUCUCCACCCGCCCAUUGGAUAACGGGCGCACUGUAGUAGUGGAGGACAAAGUGCAGCCCGCGGCCCGGCGAGAGGCCGCCGCGUCAGCCAGCCCCGCGCUCGCCGUCUCCAGCCUUCAGAAGCAUCGGCCUGACUUCAUCCGCUCACGCAAGGAUACCAUUUAUUCUCCCUUUGAAGCUCAGUUUGUUCACUCGGCCCUGGGAGACAUGCUGUACGGUAGCGCUGCCACUACUGCCGGUAGCAAGGAGCUGAGGCGCACCACACCUCCACCUGCCAACUCGCCUCCUGCCAUCACCACCGCGGCACCCCCUGGGACUGUGAACCAGACGAGGAUGGGGGAGUCCCUGAGCGAUGGUGACAAUGUUUCAGCGAGCAGCAGCGGCGGCGGCAGCAGCGCGGACCCCACCCGGCCUGACUCCGACUCCUCAAGACUACCUCUGGGGUCCGCACAGGAAGCUUCCUCUGAGGGGGGUUUCCCGGGGGCGGGUGGUUACACCACACGACAGUCCUGGUCUGGGUUUGCCUCCAACUGCCCCGCCCGUCCUGCGAUGCCUUUGCAGCCGCCAGUGCCGUUCCAGGCUUCAAGGAGCGGGCUGUUGGGGAAGGGCGAGGAAAGGAGACCUCCCCCAGAGGAGGCCUCCGUCGUCGUGACGACCGGCCCUGCGGAGGGCGGCCCAGCGCUCCCCGAUGCCGGCGGCGGGUCUGGUGAGACGGGUGCCGCUCAGUUGAGCGUGCCCCAGGGGUUCGGCCCCUCCGGUGCUAUCCUGGGUGAUGCCGAGAGCCAGCGACUCGCCAGACCUGACCAUGCCGAGGGAAGCCGCGGCCGGGCUUCGCCAACGGGGCCCGAUACACAGGCUGAGGAGUACGAGAGUGACGCAGAGAGUACGACCAGCGAACUGAGCUGCUUGUCUGGAAUGAGCUCCGAACUCGGCUCUGACCCCCCCACCCCCAAGACCUGGACACCCACUAAGGGGGAAGGAGGCGAUCGGCCAAGGAACACGCUGUCUAAAGCAAGCAGAGGCAGAGCCAGCGUCUCGCAGUCGGUGCUGAGCGACGUUCACAAAGUCCGUGCCCUGCAGCAGAGCGGCGAGUCCUUUCUGCAGGACGGCUCGUGUCUCAUCGUGGCUCCACACCUGCGCAAGUGCAGGGAGUGUCGCUUGGCCAGCUACCACCGCUACAGAGACGACAGCGACUCCUCUGUCUUCUGCAGAUUCUUCCACUUCAGAAAGCUGUAUUUUAACAAGCACGGAGUGCUGCGGGCAGAAGGGUUCCUCUCUCCGAACCAGUACGAUCUUGAGGCCAUGAGGCUGUGGAUGCCCUCUGAAGCUGACGUGGAUGGCUUGGAUUUGGACACCUCCAAGUACAUCUUGGCUAACAUUGGAGACCACUUUUGCCAGCUGGUCAUGUCCGAGAAGGAAGCGCUGAAGUUGGUGGACCCUUGCAAAAAAAUAGCCUGGAAGCGUGCGGUUCGAGGCAUUCGGGAAAUGUGCGAUGCCUGUGAGACAACUCUCUUCAACAUCCACUGGGUUUGCCCCAAGUGUGGCUUCGGGGUGUGUCUCGACUGCUACAGGAUGAAAAGAAACAACUCUCAGGAAGAUGGCAGAGAGGACAUCUUUUGGUUUAAGUGUGCCAAUGGCCAAGGGCAUGAUCCGGACAAGCUGAUGCCCACACAGAUUAUCCCUGGUUCAGCUCUGUACCAGAUUGGAAAUAUUGUACAUGCUGCAAGAGGAAAAUGGGGUAUAAAAGCCAACUGUCCCUGUACAGCCAGAAAGAACAAGCACUUGUCCAAGGUGCCCUUCACCAGCGAGGCAGCACAGCAGCCAAGCAACGGUGCAGCCUCAGCCUCAGCCCCAGCGCAGAGUGGGGACAGAGCAGCAGCCUCUGAAUGCAGUUCCACCACAUGCGCGCCUGCGACCUGGAGCGGUGCAGCUCCCGCACAUGCUACGGCGGCCUGGAAGAAAGAGGAUUCUCCCUUCAGCUGGAUGAUGGGCCUUACCAAAGGCAAGGAUGAGAUUCAAGCAGGAAGCUCGCAGUUGCCGUCCUUGAGUAGUAAAGAGACAAAGCCAGCCGGGUUGUUUAAUUCCUUGAGCCCGUUGUCGAAGCCUUCAUCGUCGCUGCAGACUUUCAACAGCCUGUUAACGCUGGGGCCCAGCAGCUGCAGUGCCCCCAGCUCGCUGAGGAACCUACUGACUACCAGCUCAGGGAAGUCUGAAUCUGGGCCAAAGAGCACGUCCAACCUGCUGGAUGACAUCUUUGCCUCGCUGGUGCAGAGCAAGUCACCAGGUGACGGCACCAAGGCCGCGGGCAACACCUGCGAUUCCCGAGAGCCGCUGAGAGCCGUGCCGGGGAAGGUGACCACCGUGGGCUCGGACACCCCUCACACCUGGUACUGUGGUGGCCGCGUGCUCUGCUUGCAGGACCCCAGCAACAAGAACAACUGGAACAUUUUCCGAGAGUGCUGGAAGCAGGGACAUCCAGUAAUUGUAUCCGGUGUCCACACGAAGCUCCGUGAGGAACUAUGGAAGCCUGAAGCAUUUGGGAAAGAGUUUGGUGACCAGGAUGCCGACCUGGUUGACUGUAGAACAAACACCAUUAUCGCUGGCGCAAAAAUCCGAGACUUUUGGGAUGGAUUUGAAGACCUUUCACGGCGCCUUGCAACAAAAGAGAAGGAACCGAUGGCUUUAAAACUGAAAGACUGGCCUCCAGGAGAGGACUUCAGAGACAUGAUGCUGUCUAGGUUUGAAGACCUGAUGAACAACCUCCCUCUGCCUGAAUACACCAAGAGAGACGGCAAGUUGAACCUGGCUUCCCGGCUACCAGACUUUUUCGUGAGACCUGAUUUGGGACCAAAAAUGUACAACGCCUAUGGCUUGUUGUCAGCGGAGGACAGGAAGGUCGGAACGACAAACCUUCACUUGGACGUGUCGGACGCUGCGAACGUGAUGGUGUACGUGGGGAUCCCCAGCGGCCAACCCAAUCACGAGGAGGAGAUCCUGAAGACGAUGGAGGAUGGGGACACGGAUGAAUUGACGAUUAGACGUUUCACAGAAUCCAAUGAAAGGCCUGGUGCUUUGUGGCACAUUUACUCAGCCAAAGAUGCAGAAAAGAUCCGAGAUCUGCUGAAGAAGGUAGCGGAAGAGCAAGGUCAAGAAAAUCCUCCCGACCACGACCCGAUUCACGACCAAAGCUGGUACCUGGACAGGACUCUACGCAAGAGGCUGCAUCAGGAGUAUGGGGUGCAGGGUUGGGCCAUCGUGCAGUACCUCGGGGAUGUGGUCUUCAUACCAGCCGGAGCCCCACACCAGGUUCACAACUUGUACAGUUGUAUCAAAGUAGCGGAGGAUUUUGUUUCCACUGAACACGUCAAACACUGCUUCCGGCUCACCCAGGAAUUUAGACACUUGUCUAACACGCACACCAACCAUGAAGACAAACUGCAGGUGAAGAAUAUAAUCUACCAUGCAGUAAAAGAUGCUGUUGCGAUGUUAAGAGCUCACGAGUCCAGCCUUCUGAAGACCCAGGGGUGAUGUCUACAAUUCUGACUGUAAACUGGUCUCUCGUGGCAAACCUGGACUCAUCCCUGGACUAAUUCUUAACAACAUCUUUCAAAGACUGACAUGUUCAAGGAGGCUACACAGCAUCCUUGGGUUACACCGGCUGAUCUAGAAAACUUGUACUUUGUUAAACUGAGCGGCAAGGAUGUUCUCUAUAAUUCAACGUCAUUUUGCUCACGAGCAAAUUCUAAUUUUCAGCCUAAACCAGUUCAAACUAUUCCAAAUUUGUUUUGUUCUGCCCAUCCGGUAUUUAUUCCCUUGGCUCCGUGAUCUAUCUUGGAAUUGUUUGGGAAAUAGUUUCCUGGGGUUUGCCCCCAGAAGACCAGGUGAAGCAGGUGAAGGCUUGUGCACUGUCUUCCCUGUUGAGCCUGGUGUAGUUGGCAACAUCCUAUUUGUGUGUUUCUUGUGUAGUUGCAAAACAAAUUUCCAGGUGUUAUUAGUGCUUCAGCAAGGUUACCCGAGAACCGAGAGUUAAUCGUCUUUGUGGUCGUGGAUGCAGUUCUGCACAAUUCCCAGCUUGUUUGGUACUCGUAUCCACACACACACACACAGUGAGUUCUAAAUGGAAGAUGUUUGUUGGUUCAUACUAUCUUGUAUCGUUCUAUUAAUGUGGGAAUCACAUUGGUUUGUUGCCUAACUUUGGCAAGAAUGUUAUGUUUAGCAAGAGUUCGUUCUUUGAAAAGCAGGUAAGUGAAAUCACCUAAGAAUUGGAUUCACAGAGUUGGAAUGAUUUAAAUCCAGUAUAAGCUUAGGCAAUGAGUGCACAUUUUCCAUUCUUGGAUUUCUCUUGUUUAGUUUGGGGAAAUGUAGUAUCUUGUCCAACACGUUUCAAAUCCUAGGACUCCUGAGAGUUUUGAAGUACUUCCGAACUGAUUUUGUGCUUUUGUUACAACUGUUCAGAGUUUAUUGUGAAAUACGCAAGUGCAUAUAGAUAAGAAUUCUAAAUUGUGACAAUAUUCACUGCACUA